UUUGCCUGGUGCCAGAAAGGCAUCUGCACUCUUGCUAUUGUCAGCAAUGCUGCUGUUGUUAAACUGUAUUACACAGUUACUGUAUAACCAGGAUCUGUUUGCACUUUGGCUGCAAUGAAGCGUCCCUGAGGUGAAGGAAGGAUCACAUGGUCGGUGAUGGGGACAAACAGCCAGAGCACCAAAGUCAUGGAACCUGAGGAUGAUGUCAGAGCUCCUGCCCAGCUUAAGGAUGACACUGCAGUGUGUAUAGUUUCUGUGAAAGGCUUGACGGACAACUGGCAGAAGUGGUCCAGUGAGCACCAGGAGUACCAGAAGCAGAACCCCUUCAGCCACGACACCCGGCCCAGUGUGGUGGGUCCUCAGAAGGGUCAGGACGACUACGGAAAACCCCUGCAGGGCUCCAUGACAGAGCAGAGAGGGAAGGAUGCUCACACACACAUCAGCAGAGAGGUUCAGGAGCUGUGCGAGGUGAUCAGGAACAUCGGAGAGCCGAGAGAAAAGGAUGGAGAUGGAGGCGAUGGGAGAGUGAUCAGUGUAGAAUUUGGGAAGCUGUUCGAGCAUUAUGUGACUAUUUCUAAUAAACUGGUGGGGAUUCUUCUACGUGCCAGGAAACAGAGAUUGGUGGACUUUGAGGGGGAGAUGCUGUGGCAGGGGAAAGAUGAUCAUGUAGUUAUCACUCUGGUGCAGUGAACAGACGUGGGAUUUAGUGUUGAUGCCUUGAUUCCUGCUGCAGUACAUGCAGAUGCACAGCUACUUUAUGGCAGCACUCACUGCAGAAGAACGAUGUGCAGAUUGCAGUUAAUGUGCACUAUUUUCUUAAUGAAAAACAGCUCUUUUUUUGCUCCAAAGUUCAAUAUAUUGCAAUUUCGCUUAAUGCUAAAAACACAACAUAUACUGUAUCUACACACAUGCAACAGGUGUUUAAAAAACAGUCUGACGUAAGUUAAUCAGAAUUACAAACUCCAAAAACUAUGCAAGCACCAUUUGUACCCUAACUGGAGGUACAUCAGUCAACAAAUAAUAAUAUGACAUGUAUAUUGUACAUUUCUUUCAGGGGAUUUCACCCUAAUAUCGCCACAUUAAGGUAUCUUUGGUAAUUCGCAAUUAAACUACUAGAUUUUACUCACUGUUACUCAUUGCACCAAGUCAAAAUUAAAAUGAGAAAAUGAAGAAGUUUAAACAUUAGCUGGACAAAUCUGUUACUAUAUUUCCUCUACUGGUUUGUUUUAAUGUGGUGAAAGUGGAGGAGUGAGCAGCUGAAAUGAAGUCAGCAGUUAAUGAGGCUGAACCAAAGCCAAAGAGAACAUGAAGCUGCCUGUGACAGACAAUAUGGUGCUAUAGGAAGAAUUUGAUCCGACUUGGCCUGGGUGCUUCAGAGCAUGUAUUUAUUACAAGUAUGCUUUGUAAUUAGGUAAUUAGUUACAGUUUCACAUUCAGUAUACUUGAACCACACUUAGACAGAUGCACAAUAAACUAAAAAUGUUUUAAUUGAAUGAGAACUACACAGUAGAGAACUGCAGUACGACUGAUAAACACCAUUAUAUCAGCUACUAUUAAAGGUAAUGGUCAUGCAAACUGAUAAAUGUUUUUUGACAUAAGGCAACAGAACAUUUUUUCUACUAGAAAGUGCUCAUGAGUGUAUUAUAAUAAAGAAAAGAAACCA